AUGGAAAAUUGUUUAGAAGAAAGUGAUAUACAGUUACCUGUGUCCCCACCGCGUCGUCGUAGAUCUACGUUUUUUGUUAGACGCGAAUCUCUAGCGCCCGCACUUCAUAUAGGGAAUAUACUGGAUAGCACCACUGAAGAUGAGAGGAAAGCACAUAAUGAAGCUGUCACAAAGUAUUAUAAUGCUUUAUUAUAUGAAAAGUCAUUGUGGAAAGAAGAAUUAAUAAGAAGACGUGAUGUUUACCAAGAACUUCGCUUACAAUGCAAGAUUGCUCAGAAAAGACCUAAUUCCUUGGAAAGCCAAACUUAUUCAGUUCUUAAUGCAGAAGAUAUUGAAUUUCUGAACAGAAAAAUUAAUUUAUCACAGCUUGUUGAAAGGCAGCAGGGUCUGCACAAAUCUGUAAAAGUUGCUCAAGCAUUUUAUCGAAAAGCAACUGAACUAGAAAAUGUAAUUCUUACAAAUAUUGAAUCUAAAAUAGAUAAAAUUCAUGAUUAUAUACUUGAAAACAGUACUAUGGAUUUUGUGGAAAAUUAA